AUGUUACGAGAUGAUGCUGAAAAAUCGGAUUCUGAACAAGAAAAAGUUUUGAUAAAAAAGGCUAACAAACCACUGAUAGAGAGGAAACGAAGAGCGCGAAUCAAUAAGUGCCUUUUUGAGAUAAAGCAAAUGCUAGUGGAUGAUAUUAAAAAUGAAUAUCGCAGAAUAUUAGCAUCAUUUCCUUGGGAUUAUACCGGUGAGAACAGCGUGCACCACAACAAUCCUGAAUGCAAUAAUUAUCAGCAAACAACGAUAAUGCAGCCCUCGAGCUUUCAGAUACUCAAUCAUACAACCAGGUGA